AUGAUCCUCUUCAAACAACACUGCGAAGAACAUCUGAAAACUCUUACUGGCGAAUUCAACACUCUUUUGAAUAGCUGCAACGAAGAUCUCACAUCGGACAACUGUGAUGCUAUCAAUGCUUGCAUUAAGGACAUAACUACCAUACAGUCCCAAAAUUUGAGUGAAAGACAGAAAAGAAAAUUCCGCAAGGAUGGCACCUACAUCCAUCAUUCUUUACCAUUUGAGGACGAUGCUUCGAACUCGGACAUUAUUAGAAUUACCAGAGAAAACAAUAAACCGUUUGACAAUCUUACCCAUGAAGAACGAACUGCACUGAAAAAUUUACGAUCAAACAACAAUAUCGUCAUUAAAGCUGCAGACAAAGGCAGUGCAGUUGUUGUCAUGGAUAAAUAUGCCUAUAUUCAAGAGGUUGAACGACAACUCGGCGAUACAAGGUUCUACCGAAAACUAGACUCUGAUCCUACAACAUCUUUUAGCAGAGAAAUAACUGAUGUUGGUAGAAAUGCAUGA